GCUGGGACCGUUAGCUCGCCAGGCUGGCAGGCUCCGGGCCGCUACUCCACUGGCGGCGGGGAUGGAGACGAUGCGAGCACAGCGGCUGCAGCCUGGAGUGGGCACCACCGGGAGGGGUACGCUGCGAGCGCUUCGGCCCGGGGUGACUGGGGCCGCGGCUACCACCGCCACACCCCCAGCAGGCCCCCCGCCCGCACCGCCGCCCCCCGCCCCGCCCCCGCCGCCCCUGCUCCUGUCGGGGGCCCCUGGGCUGCCGCUGCCCCCGGGCGCCGCCGGCAGCCCCGCGGUGCUGCGGGAGGCCGUGGAGGCCGUGGUGAGGAGCUUCGCCAAGCACACGCAGGGCUAUGGCCGAGUGAAUGUGGUGGAGGCACUUCAGGAAUUCUGGCAGAUGAAGCAGUCCCGUGGGGCGGACUUGAAGAACGGAGCUCUGGUGGUUUAUGAGAUGGUUUCCUCCAACAGCCCUCCUUAUGUCUGCUAUGUCACUCUGCCUGGGGGAAGCUGCUUUGGGAGCUUCCAGUUUUGCCCCACAAAGGCUGAGGCCCGACGGAGCGCUGCAAAGAUUGCACUGAUGAACUCUGUGUUUAAUGAACAUCCUUCCCGAAGAAUCACUGAUGAGUUCAUUGAGAAGAGUGUCUCUGAGGCUCUGGCAUCUUUCAAUGGCAACAGGGAGGAAGCUGACAACCCAAAUACAGGGAUUGGUGCCUUCCGGUUCAUGUUGGAAUCCAAUAAGGGCAAGUCAAUGUUGGAGUUCCAGGAACUAAUGACAGUUUUUCAACUGCUGCACUGGAAUGGCAGCCUUAAGGCCAUGAGGGAAAGACAGUGCUCUCGGCAGGAAGUGUUGGCUCAUUAUUCACACCGGGCCCUGGAUGAUGAUAUUCGCCACCAAAUGGCAUUGGACUGGGUGAGCCGGGAGCAGAGUGUGCCAGGGGCACUGUCUAGAGAGCUGGCCUCUACUGAACGGGAGCUGGAUGAAGCCCGGCUGGCAGGCAAGGAGCUGCGCUUCCACAAGGAGAAGAAAGAUAUUCUCCUGCUGGCUGCUGGGCAGUUGGGCAAUAUGCAUUCUUCCAACUGCUAGGCAUCCACUCACAUACUCCCCAUCCUCUCUAGACCCUUUUUUAUGUCUUUUCUAAGACUUAGUUGAUUUCUGUACAUACUUUCUCAAUUUUAUACUUUAAAAUAUAGAUAUAUAUGUAUAUGUAUAAAUUCUACACUCAGAUUCCUAUUUGCUGAGAGAUCCCUUUUCUUCUGGUUUUUGGAUGUCGUUUCAUUUGAAACAUCGCCACUCCGCUUUUAAGAGGCUGUCUUCGGAGCUUACACUCCCAGUAACUCUGUGUAUUCAUUUCAAUAGCACAAGAUGAUGGACAAAGUGUUCUUUAAUGUAACAGGAAGCUUGAAUAAGGACUAUGUGCCCCACCCUCACCCUCAUU